CUUUCCUCUUUCCCAUGGAAUUUCCUUCUCGCUUAUUCCUGGCAGCCUCCCAAUUACUCCUAUAUAAUUUCCUUUCAUCCCCUGUCUCCCUCUCUUUCUUCCCUUUCCUCCCACCAUCUUCAUCUUCCUCUUAACUGAUUUUUCCUUAAGACUUACCAAGCAUCAAGCUGAAGCUCAAGCUCAAGCUCACAGCAAUCGUCAUCUCCAGAGCUCCAAAGCUCUCUAUGAUUCUUCUCUUCUCUUAUCUUCUCCUCACCUUGAGGUCAGACGCGAGGCACUUCCUCUGGACAAGCAACACAACAGCCACUGAGGUCAGCCCAUCUCAUCUUACCUAUUCUCCUCACCCCUAAUACCUAUAACAGGACACUUCUUGGCAUUCCUCAGAAUGGGCUCGGGCGAGCAGACCCAGCCCUGCCAGAAGUGCGGCGCCCCUCGCCAGAAAGGGCUCGUCGGCAUGGUGACCAAGAUGUGCAUCUCCUGUGCAAGAACCAGCUACCCGGCUGAGUGGGCAACCUCCACGCAGGAACAAGAGGCCACUGCCGGCCCUGACACUGACGGGCCCGGCCAAGCGCCCCAGUCCGAGGCUGAGAAAGCCACUGGAGAUGACAUGGGCGAGGAGGCGAUGGUGGAGUCGACUGAUAGCCGCAAGGUAUGUGAUAAUCUUCGGGGGUUUGGAGUCGGUCAUGCUAAUGGUUUUUGUAGCGGCGCAUCCGCCCAACAGCGGCCAAAGGCGCUGUUGGGAAAAAAUUGACACCGGCGUGUGCCUCUUGCAAAAGGUCGAAGACGCGUUGCACGCAUCGUCGUGUUAUUGACACGGGGGAUUGUAGGUUCUUUUUCUUGUCAGUCUGCUGGUGAUGAUUAGCUAACUGGUUGUCUUUAUAGCGUCCAACGUUCCCUCGAAAAAGCGGAAGCGUGAGACCUCAGAGGCACCCGCCAGUGUCAAGGAUGACGCUGGCAAUGACAACGACACUUCUGCCGAGGUGGGCGCGGACGACCAGAUUCCCCCAUAAAAGAAGAAGACGCUUCGGGUUCGGUGGAAAGACACCAAUGAGGAAGAG